AUGGCCAAUCCUCUUAAACAAUGUGACGAAUACCCCCCAGACGGCUACCACCGUCUCGGCUUCCCAUCCCUCUGCUGGCCCUACCAAGACAAAUACUGCGCUUUGUAUUCCGUAUACGACUCGUGGCGAUACACCUUGCUAUGGACACUCAUUCUCUACGCCCUCUUCCACCUUGGCGCCACCGGCAUCGCCCUGUCCAUGCAAAUUGGCAAGAGGAAAUCAGUAUGGAAGUACUUGGGGGCAGUGCCGAUAGUCUACGCGUUAGUCGCCGGGAUUGAGGCGCUAUUUGCAGGAAGCAUAGUCGGUGUGGUGUAUGGACACAACUGUUGA